ACAGCUUUCUAUUAGCUUAGAAAGAGACGACCCUUAACCCCAUUUCCCUGCUAUAUAUAUGUGAGAAUGAUUUGCCAUUGGAUCUUCCCAUUGUGUACUUAGAACAACACAUUUCACAUCCAGGCCUGGUCGGGUCUCCUGAACACGACAACCGGGAGGAAAAAUGACUUCGCAGUACGAUUGGUUGCCGGAAAACCUCCGGCCAGAUCAGGCGAACCCUGACUGGAUGAACAAGGCGGACAACGCAUGGCAGUUGACUGCGGCAACUCUGGUGGGGAUGCAGAGCGUGCCAGGGCUCGUCAUCCUGUACGGAUCUAUAGUCAAGAAGAAGUGGGCUGUUAACUCGGCCUUCAUGGCCCUUUACGCAUUCGCGGCCGUGCUUAUUUGCUGGGUCCUGUGGGGAUACCGCCUCUCAUUCGGGGACAAGUUCAUCCACUUCCUCGGGGUGCCUAACUUCGCCCUCAAUGAGGAGUACCUCCUCAAGCAGGGUUUCGCGGGCAAGUUUCCGACUGCCACCAUGGUCUACUUCCAGUUUGUCUUCGCAGCCAUCACUCUGAUACUUAUCGCGGGUGCGCUGCUCGGGAGGAUGAACUUCCACGCGUGGAUGCUCUUUGUGCCGCUCUGGCUUACCUUUUCUUACACGAUCGGAGCCUACAGCAUAUGGUGCCCCGAUGGGUGGCUGGCAGGGAUGGGCAUUAUCGAUUACUCCGGUGGAUAUGUGAUCCACCUCUCCUCUGGUGUGGCUGGUUUCACUGCAGCCUAUUGGGUGGGGCCAAGGGCGACCAAGGACAAGGAGAGGUUCCCGCCAAACAACAUACUUCUCAUGCUAGCCGGGGCAGGGAUGCUGUGGAUGGGCUGGACCGGGUUCAACGGCGGUGACCCCUACAAUGCUGGCAUCGAUGCGUCUUUGGCUGUCCUCAACACCCACGUCUGCACUGCAACCAGCCUGCUCACGUGGCUCGUCCUUGACAUCCUCUUUUUCGGCAAGCCCUCCGUGAUUGGUGCCACCCAGGGCAUGAUCACCGGUCUCGUCUGUAUCACCCCUGCUGCAGGAGUGGUGCAAGGGUGGGCAGCGAUCAUAAUGGGGAUGAUGUCCGGGAGCAUCCCAUGGUACACCAUGAUGGUCCUCCACAAGAAAGUGUGGCUCCUCCGCCAGGUCGACGACACGAUGGCUGUGUUCCACACCCACGCUGUGGCAGGCACCCUCGGUGGCCUCCUCACCGGGUUCUUCGCUGAGCCCAAGCUCAGUCGCAUCUUCUACCUUGUUGACAACUGGCAGCACUACAUUGGCCUUGCCUACGGCCUCCAGAACGGCCGUGUCAGCGCCGGGUUCAAGCAAAUUGGAAUCCAGGUCCUUGGGAUCGUGUUCGUCAUAGCCGUGAACCUCACCACCACUAGCCUUAUCUGCGUAUUCAUAAGGCUGUUCGUGCCGCUCAGGCUGGCCGAGGACGAGCUCCAGAUCGGGGACGACGCGAUCCACGGGGAGGAGGCCUAUGCCUUGUGGGGUGAUGGGGAGAAGUUCGAGACCUCCAAGCACAAUUCAGUGUAUGGGGUGGGUGACUUCCCCUCCAAUGUGGGACCAAAGGACGGUAGUGAAGUGCAGAUGACUGCAUCGGUCUAAUUUUCAAGAUGCAAACAUGUUUCUUUUUAAAGGGCUAUGUCUCUCACAAAAUGGUUUUAUCUUUGUAUCUUUUGUCAACACAUAAGGGGGAAUGGUAGUAAAUUGAGUUCAAAUUAUUUUACGUUAUGUAAUAAGAACCUAAAACUUUGGAUCAGUCAUAUCCUAUUAGCUUGUUGCAUCUGCCGACAA